AUGGCUGAUUUUGUGAGGGAAUUCUUCGCGGAUCGCUACAUUUUGCUGAAAGACGAGUGGCUGGAAGUGACCUUGAGGUUUUUGAAGCAAAAAUUUCCGGGAUUUUCGAGUUUUGUGAGUGAAAUUAUUGAAAAAAAUGGAAUUUUCAUGAAAAAAACGAUUUUCAGAACGAAAAUCAGUUGGCAAACCUGAUUUUCGAGCAAUGGAAAUGCUCCAAUUUCGGCGAAACCUCUUUCGGAACAUUUUCAAACCAUGGAAUCUCGCCGAGUUGCUCUAAAUCAAAUCUUCAAGCCCCCCUCGUGUGCCAAAUCGACAGCCUAAUCGACACAGGAACCAGUUAUUUUUCACAAAUUUGUAAAUUGGAGGAUAAAUCGAUAGAAGAUAACAGUGGAUUUGAGAAGAUUUUCGAGGAAAAACAAGAGGACAAUGAUCAAAAAUCGAGUAGAUUGCUGAAAAUUGCGAUUUCUGAUGGGGAAUUUGAAGUGCAAGCCAUAGAAUUAUACAAAAUCCCCGAAUUAUCAAUGUAUAUCAAACCGGGAUGCAAAUUAUUGAUUUUUCCACCUUGCGAGUUCCGAAAAGGCACUUUUCUGCUGAAACCCGGGAAUUGUCAGGUUCUCGGGGGAGAGGUGCUACCCCUGCUGGACAAUAAACGGCCCCUUGAUAGGCUGAAGGGGCUUCUGGGCCUCAAGGUGAUUGAGAAGCCCAAAGGGCCCACUCAGCCCAUGUUAGAGCCUGAACCGGACCCGGAAGACUUUGAAAAUCUCAAUGAACCCUGUAAGCUCAAGAAAAUCUGCGGAAUCAAUAAAAAUGUGUUGUUUUCAGGCUUCAGGCCGAGUGUGGGCUCAUUGGGCUCAACUAGACUUGCACAGGAGAAGGAGGUGUUUUCGAGUCCGGUUAGGAAGAAGCUGAAAACGUCGAUUGUUGAGAAUGUGAGGGAUUUGGUGAAAACUGGGCUCCUGGAGCUGAAUUUGGCUGAAAAUUGUGCUCCAGGAGCUAAUUUUGACUGAAAAUGAGCUUCUGGAGCUGAAAAAUCAUGAAAAUUAGGUCUUGAGCUUGAAAAUUGAGCAUUUCGUGCUCCAGAAGAUGAAUUUGGCUGGAAAUCAGCUCCAGGACCUUAAAAAUCAUGAAAAUUAGGUCUGGAGCAUGGAAAUUGAGCAUUUUUCGCUCCAGAAGCUUAAAAUUCAUCAAAUAAUGCUCCAGAAGCUCAAAAUUCAUUCAAAAAUGCUCUAGAAGCUUAAAAUUCACCCAAAAAUGCUCCAGAAGCUUGAAAUUCACCCAAAAAUGCUCCAGAAGCUCAAAAUUCACCUGAAGAUGCUCCAGAAGCUUAAAAUUCACCCAAAAAUGCUCCAGAAGCUUGAAAUUCACCCAAAAAUGCUCCAAAAGCUUGAAAUUCACCCAAAAAUGCUCCAGAAGCUUGAAAUUCACCCAAAAAUGCUCCAGGAGCUCAAAAAAUGCUCCAAAUCUCAAAAAAUCAAUAAUUUUUCCAGCAAAUCCCCCCAAAACCACGUGGAAUGCUGUCAACCGCCAAAAAACCGGACCCGCUCGAAGAAAUGCUCGAAAAUAUGAUUGAGCCCGACGAGGAGCCUAUCCAGCCUGAAAAAACCAGGCCUGAAAGGCCUAAAAAUGUGAGGCUGAGCAGCUAUUUUCAGGCCAAGCCCAGGCCCAGCCCGGGCCUGAAACCGGUCAAAAAAGAGCCCGAAGACGAUGAUGAUAUUGAAAUUAUUGAGGAAAUCCCGGGAAAAGCUGAAAAUUUGGCUGAAAAAGCUGAAAUUGACCCGAUUUUGCUGAAAUUCCGCGAAUUUUCGUGGGAAAAUCUGGAAAAGGCGCAGAAAAAAAUGAAAUUUUCGAUUAAUUCGCGCAGGUUUUGGUUGAUUUUGAUUGUUGAGGAUAUUGUGGAACCGUUGAGAGUUGUUGAUGAAUUGUGGACCAUGAAAGUGAGCAUUUUUGGCUGGAAAUUCUGAAAAUUUGGCUGAAAAUGAGUAUAAAUAUGCUGAAAAUGAAGAAAAAUCGACUUUUUUGCCGCCGGGACCAUGAAAAUUGGAUUUUUGAGCAUUUUUUCGAGCUACUGGUGAUUUUUUUGCCUCCGGGACCAUGAAAAUUAGAUUUUCCCCGACCUCCAGCAUAUUUGGGCUCAUUUUGCAGCUGGAAAUCUUGAAAUUUAUGAGAAUUUGGCUGAAAAUGAGCCCAAAUACGCUGAAAAUUGAGACAAAUCGAAUUUUUUUGACUCCGGGACCAUGAAAAUUGGAUUUUUCAUGAUUUUCAGCAGUUUUUAACUCAUUUUCAGCUCUAGAUUGAAAAAACCUGAAAAUCAAGGUCCUAAACCUGAAAUUUGAUGAAAAAUCUGAAAAAUUCGACUUUUUUAUCACUAAAAAUUUUCCAUGGAUUUUUUACGUUUCAAAAUUUUCAGAAAUUCGUAAGAAACUUUUAUUGUGAUAUCAAAUCACAAAAUUGUCCAAAAAUUGAUGAAAAAACUGAAAAUUCAAAUUUCAGAUCUGAAAUUUCAUGAAAAUUUUAAAAAUUCUGGUUCCAGAUCUGAAAUUUCAUGAAAAAUCCAAAAAUUUAGCUCCCAAACCCUAUUUUCGUUCCAGAUUUUGCUCAAAGACACAACUUGUUCCAUAAAUUGUCUAAUCGAUAAUGGAACUCUCGAAUUAUUGAUCGGAUUUUCGUGUCGGGAAGCGAUUGAAAUUCGGAAGUCGAGUGAUUUGGAAAAACGAAGAGAUGGAAAAAGAAGGUUGGAAGCACUGCAGAAGUUGUUGGAACGAUUGGAUUUGGUUUUUGAGGUGAGGAAUUUUGAAUUUAGAGCUAAAAAUCGGGAAAAAUGAUGGAUUUUGAGCUAAAAUUCAUGAAAAACGGUAAAAUAUGAGUUCCCAAGGGCUGUAGCCUCGAAAAUGAGCUUCUUAAGGGGUGGCGCCUUGAAAAGGGUCUUGUCAAGGCUCAGCGCCUCGGGAACACUAGUGUCAAGCAGCCAACCCUUGAAAACACCCCUGUCAGGCAGCCAAGCCUUGAAAACUCCCUCGUCAAGCGUUGAUGCCUAGAGAACGCUUCUCUCAAGCAGCCAACCCUAUACAUCUCCAUUCUCAAGGCUUCAUCUCUAUAGAACACCCUUGUCAAGCAGUCAACCCUUGAAAACACUCGUUUCAAGGAACCAACCUUUGACAAGCACGAUAAGAAAGGCUAGCGCUCUAUAGAACACCUUCGUCAAGCAGCCAACCCUUGAAACUAGUAAUGACAAGCAGCCAACCCUUGAAAACACCCUUGUCAAGCAAAUAACCCUACAAACCCGAUUUUGGUCGAUUUUUGAUCAUUUUUCCCGCUCCAACCUCGAAUUUACGUCAUUUCCAUUAAUUUUUAUCGAAAAAUAACCCCUCCCAACAAAUAAUCUGAUUAUUUAUUAUCAUCAAAAUAAGAUUAGGAGAAACUUUCUACCCUUCAACACGGAAAAUGUCUAUUUUGGGUGCAGUAAAUAGACUAGUUAUCAGUUGUAAAUAUUGAGUUUUUGAUCUUGGAAAACACGGGGGAAAAUUGCCACGUCAUAGAUACUAGGAGGAGCCACUUGAAAAUGAUGUUUUGUAGUGUUGGCUGCUUGACGAGGGUGUUCUGAAGGCUUGGCUGCUUGACAGGGGUGUUUUGUAGGGUUGGCUGCUUGACAGGGGUGUUUUCAAGGGUUGGUUGCUUGAUAGGGGUGUUUUCAAGGGUUGGCUGCUUGAAAAGGGUGUUUUCAAGGGUUGGGUGCUUGAGAGGGAUAUUUUCUAGGCUCCACCCCUUGACAAUACUGUUUUGAAGGCUUGGCUGCUUGACGAAUGUAUUCUCUAGGCUCCAACCCUUGCUGAGCUCCUUCUCUAGGCUUGGAUGCUUGAGAAGUGUGUUCUCUAGGCUCCAUCCCUUGUCAGAAAUAUCCUGUAGGCUCCAACCCUUGUCAAAAGCAUUCUCUAGGCACCAACCCUAGUCUAAUGUCUCCUCUAGUCUCCAACCCUUGUCAAGACAUUGCUCUAGACGUCAACACUUGCCAAAAGCUUCCUCUAGGCGCCAUGCCUUGUCUAGACCCAUUUUUUCUGAAAUUUCCAAAAAUUUCACUUUCAGAUCGAAUUCUUCGCCUCAAACUCGUCAAUUCCAGUGAUUCGAAAAAUGAAAACGAUGGCCGAAUUAUUGGAUGCUUAUUAG